AUGACAACAAAUUUAGAAGAGGCACUGAAACCUCAAAGCAUGCCUAGUGGCCCUAGAAACAUUUUACGAUCAAAUGAUUCUGCAAGUCUUUGGAAUUGUACCCUUUCACCAGGAUGGUCAAGAGAAGAAUGUGAUGUUUUUCGAAAAGCUUUAAUGAAAUUUGGUAUUGGAAAUUGGGCAAAAAUCAUUGAAUCACAAUGUUUACCAGGUAAAACAAAUGCUCAAAUGAAUUUACAACUACAAAGAAUGUUGGGACAACAAAGUACAGCAGAAUUUGCAAGUUUACAUAUAGAUCCAUUGGUAAUCGGAGAAAAAAAUUCAAAGAUUCAAGGUCCUGACAUAAAACGCAAAAAUAAUUGUAUUGUAAAUACUGGAGGUAAACCUACACGAGUAGAGAUCAAGAAGAAAAUUGAAAAAAACAAAGAAUUAUAUGAGAUUUCAGAAGAAGAAUGGUUAAAGAUCGAACUACCUAAACCUGAAGAUCCAGAAUUAGAAUUACAAACAAAACGUGAAGAACUUCGUCGAUUACUAGAAGAAUUAGCAAAUGUACAAUCACAAAUCGCCACCAUAAAUCAAAAAAAUCAAGUAUCAAAAAAGGAGGAAGAAAUGCCCGAUUCCUUAUCUUCUGAUGAAACAACAACAAAACCUGCAAAAAAAAGUCGCACCAUAAAAUACUUUAAUCAGCUAUUUAACUGGUAUCGAUGGCUUGUAAAAUGA